CAGCGAUUUAACCGGGCCGCCACUUUCUCUCUCCUCAGUCCUCCCUCGUACCUUAACACCCACGCUCAGUUCCAAGCAGUCAUGAAUCGCCGUGUCCCCUAAAAAAAUACCUGCCUCGCAGUUUCCGCUCCCCACUUCUUAAAAACUGUUUUCGAAUCUGAUUUUUUCACUUUAACAACACAAAAGGCUGUACCAAGUCGCCAAAACGACGUCGCAGGGUCUAGUGACCUCUCCCCCAAAGCAAACGAGGCCCACCUCGCCGACAACGCAGAAAUUGUCGAAGCGGCCGCGGUUGUCGAAGGGGAAGGAGAUGGAGUCUGAAAGCAGCUCAGUGAACGCGAACAGCAGCAGCAACGAACACCGCGUGCCGCUCUCCGCCGUCGUGUCCGACUGCAUAAAGCGGUGGUUCAAGGACACGCUUAAGGAGGCCAAAGCCGGCGAUAUUAACAUGCAGGUUUUGGUGGGCCAGAUGUAUUACAACGGCUAUGGCGUCGCCAGAGAUGCCCACAUGGGAAGAGUAUGGAUUACAAGAGCGUCGAGGACGCGAUCUUCAGCUUGGAAAGUUGGUGAUAAGCAGCCAGGUUAUAAUGCAAGUGAUUCAGAUUCAGAUGAACUGAAGUGUGAUUCUUAGCACGACUAAGUUAGCCUUCACGCCCGAUCAAAUUUUGAGCUGGAUGUCGUAGGCUGUGCUUGGAGUCGUGCUGACCCUCGCCCGCCAUGGAUGUGCCUGUAACAAGUUUCGUACUUUCUUCCCUCAUCUUUGGUUUUUUUUUCCUGGACCUAUCAAUGUACCCAAACUUUUAUUUUCAUGGGAAAACAAUUAUUUGUUAAAUGCACUUUCAUCUCUAAA